AUGACAAGGAGUAACAAGGAGCCCAUUACCGUCAUGUAUGCCUCCGCAACAGGCACAAUACAGCGACUAGCCGACCAAUUGGUUGGAGACUUGUGUGCCCGCGAAGCUAGCGUCUCCAGUAUCAAUAUGAAGGCGUUUGCAAAGCCGUAUAAUAUACCUCGUGGGACGAUCAUUUAUAUGACGUGCACCUUUUUUGCUGGGGAGCACCCUCCGGCCUCCAAGGAGUUCAUUGCGUGGUUACAGACCGUGAAUCCGAGCUUGAGACCGUUCCGAGACAUCAGAUUUGCAGUAUUUGGCAUGGGAUCGAAGAAUUACACUACCUUCUGUGCAGCGUCGAAGAAUGCUGAUAAAAGCAUCGAGAUAUUUGGAGGCACUCGGAUACUUGAUGCACUACACCUUGACCGGGACGAGUUCAAAAGUGAUGACAGCGCGUACAUUCACUGGAAGAAGGAUCUUUUCAAAGUGCUAGGCCUUUCUGAACAACCGGUCAUUUCCACCAACAAGAUCAUAGUCACAAAGAACACCUCUCUUCCAGACAAGUGGGUUUGCGACGUGUCUCCUCUUGGCUAUAAAAGAGGUAUAAUGUCCAAGGUAAAGGUGCUCAGCGACGGAAAAGUCGACGGCGUUGUUCACCUCUAUGAGAUCACGUGUCCGUGCAUGAAGUACGAGGCCGGCGGACACUGUGCCAUUCUCCCACGAAAUCGAGCAGAGGACAUCAAGGCCCUGCUUGCCAAGGGACAUAUAUCACUAGAUCAUGGGUGUAAGGUGGUAGCAGAGGCAUCAGAUAUUGUGGUUGUCGAACACGCAAGCUGGGUCCGCUCUGCAGUCAACGCUGUUCUACCGCUAGGUAGACCGAUCUAUGUAUUAGAUCUCCUCUCUCAAUACUUAGACUUUUCAACGGUAAUAGAUUUCACCAGCUUCAAAGAGCUGGUUCCUUACGUUACCGACGGAGCUCAAUACAGACAGGCUCUCCAUAUGUUGGAAGAUCCUACUCUCUUUAAAACCGUGUUCCUAGAUACAAGGCUGAACAUGAUAGAUAUAUUUACCAAGUUCUCCUCCCUCAAGGUCCCCAUUCAUACACUCAUCGAACACAUGCCAGCUAUGACCCAUCGCAUGUACUCUAUAGCAUCUGCUCCAAGCUAUGUCGGAGAAACUAGAUUGCAAUUUAUUGUCUCGGAUGUCGACUUCGAAUGCGAAACUCUCAGCAAGACUAUCGAGAAGAGACCUGGUCUCUCUACUGGAUAUCUUUCCCGUUUGCAAGAGGGAAGCGCCGUCUUCUUCCAGACAUUCAGUUCACCUGUGAGGUGUGGGGAUGAGUUCAGAGGCGUUCCAUCUAUUACAGUUGGUCUGGGGACUGGGCUAGCUCCGUGCCGAUCUCGAUUACAGCAUCGCUUAGCUUUGCGGCUAGAGCAGCUCAAGCGGGCCGCUCCUGGCGAGUUUAUUCAGCCACUUGACCCAUACAUGACAUUCAUAGGACUGCGUCGUGAAUCAGAUCUUAAGGAGCUCAUCGACGAGUUGAGGGAUUUUGUUCGUAAAGGGAUUGCAACCAUCUUCGUAGCCUUUUCUCGCGAAGAAAAAAGCCGAGAGUGGUUUGAGAUCAUACCCAAUGAUGCUGAUGGGCACGCUCUUGCAGAUGUGGAUAAGACAGCAUUUUGUGCGGAGUAUAAGUGCUAUGUAACGCGUCUAAUGGGUGAAUAUGCAAAUAAUAUACGGAACUUUGUAACAAGCAAAGACACGUGCGUUAUAACGUAUUGUGGUAAGGCUGGGAAUGUACCACAGGAAAUUGAAGGGGUUAUCCUACGAUCUCUUGUUAGUAGCGGAAUGACAGAAAAGGAUGCUAAGGCUCGCUGGGAGAAAUUGCGUGCAGACCAGAACCUUAUCUUUGAGGCUUGGUAG